CCUUUGCAUCAACGCUCUUGUCUGUUUACAAAGUGCAAACCGACUCGCAACGCAUUUUAGUGUCUCCUGGAAUAUCACAAAGCAACUUUCGAGAAGGUCUAGGAAAAUGCAUGGCGAUAAUGAAGCAAAGGCCUGAGAAUACUCCAAGAAUGACACGUCAUAACCCACGAGCCGUACCUGGGACUAAGAGCGUGCUGCUAAAAAAUGGAAUUAUUCUUGAUGGUGUCGGAGGUGUUGUACAUGGUGAUUUGUUAAUGAAGAACGGUAUCAUUGAGAAAUUUGGGAAGGAGAUUGAUGAAGGAGAGGCUGAUAUUACUAUUGAUGUUCGUGGGAAGUUUAUAUCACCUGGUAUUGUCGAUAUGCAUAGUCAUGCUGGAGUUUACUCAUGGCCUUAUCUGAGAGGAUCUAUGGAUAUCAAUGAAUUGACAGAUCCUAUUACACCUUUUGUUAGAGCGAUCGAUAGUAUUAAUCCAAGCGACCCAG